CUGCCUCCUAACCACCGUCUCUCCCUUUCGCUCUCUCCUUUCCUGAAGUGCUGCAGCGAGGGAGGACUGCAUCGAAAAAAACUCUGUGUCGUGCGCUGACAAUUACCUCUGAUCCUCUUCUAUAGUUUGCAAAAAAAAAAAAAAAAAAAAAAAAAAAAAAACCCACAAGAAUAUUUUGUUUGCUCCAUAAAGCCAAAGCGGAGUCAGAUGCAAUGGGCAACUAUCAGCCCAGUUCACUCUUCUCGCCAUAAAUGACGCCUGGCCAAUGAUUGCCACAACCUUUGUGGGUUAUCUCCUGUGGUGACUGCAGACUCAAGAGUUUUCUUCCCCGCUGCAUCUGGACACCCACUGAUCUCACCAUUCCUGCAAUUCUCCCGCCAGCGCACACUCACCCCUCUUGCCCCUCUUCCCUCUUCCUUCUGCUUCUACAGUAAGUAUCCUCUUAACCCCUGUGAAGACCUACUGGUGGAACCAGAAUGGAGGACACUUACAAUAACAGGACUUCCCUGGCUAAGGGGGCCAAGGACAUGGUCAAGGAAGCCAAGCGGCAUGCAGUAAAGAAAGUCAACAAGGCAGUGGACCGCGCUGCAGACGGGUACUCAUCCCACCACAACUACAGCCGAUUCCAGGAUGAGGAGGAGGAAGAUGAGGAUUUCUACCGGAACCCGCCGAGGCAGGAUGGAGAGGGCUACCAGGACAACGAGGAGGGCUCCAGCGAUGCAACAGAGGGCCAUGAUGAUGAGGAUGAGAUCUACGAGGGCGAGUACCAGGGGAUCCCCUCAGCAGGAGAUAAGAAACAAAAGGAGGGCCAGGUGGCACUGGGGCAACCGGUGUCAGAUGCUGCAAGGGACCGUAAGGGGCUGGAGCAGGAGAGACAGGCUGAUGAGGAGGAGCUGGCCCAGCAAUACGAGCUGAUCAUCCAGGAGUGUGGCCAUGGGAGGUUCCAGUGGCAGCUGUUCCUGGUGCUUGGCCUGGCACUCAUGUCAGAUGGGGUGGAAGUUUUCGUGGUGGGCUUUGUGCUGCCCAGCGCAGAGACAGACAUGUGUGUGCCCAACUCCAGCUCAGGAUGGCUCGGCAGUAUUGUUUACUUGGGGAUGAUGGUUGGAGCGUUCUUCUGGGGAGGGAUGUCUGACAAAGUGGGCCGCAGACAGUGCCUCCUCAUUUGCAUGUCCACCAACGGCUUCUUCGCCUUCCUUUCGUCUUUUGUCCAGGGAUACGGUCUCUUCCUCCUGUGCCGUCUCAUCGCAGGCUUCGGGAUAGGAGGCGCUGUGCCCAUCGUGUUCUCCUUCUUUGCAGAGGUGUUGUCCAGGGAGAAAAGAGGAGAACACCUCAGCUGGUUAUGCAUGUUCUGGAUGAUUGGAGAAAUCUAUGCAUCUGCCAUGGCCUGGGCCAUCAUACCACACUAUGGUUGGAGUUUCAGUAUGGGCUCAGCAUACCAGUUUCACAGCUGGAGGGUGUUUGUGGUUGUCUGUGCCCUGCCCUGUGUGUGUGCUGUGGUGGCACUUACCUUCAUGCCUGAGAGUCCCAGGUUCUACCUUGAGGUGGGGAAGCAUGAUGAAGCCUGGAUGAUCCUCAAACAGAUCCAUGACACCAACAUGAGAGCGCGUGGGCAACCGGAGAAAGUCUUCACUGUAAACAGGAUCAAGAUCCCCAAACAGCUGGAUGAAUUGGUGGAAAUGAAUACAGAGUAUGGCAACCCAGUUUCCAAGUUCUUCUUUAGGAUAAAGGCUGAAAUACAUGGGAUCUAUGUGAAUCUCAUGAAGUCCUUCAACUACCCCAUGCGAGAGAACAUGAUGCGACUAGCCAUAGUGUGGUUCACGCUGUCAUUCGGGUAUUAUGGUCUGUCAGUCUGGUUCCCCGAUGUCAUCAAACACCUUCAGGCAGAUGAAUAUGCCUCCAAAGUGAAGCUACACAACAAUGAACGCAUUGAAGACUUCACCUUCAACUUCACCCUGGAGAACCAGAUACACAAAAAUGGCCUCUUCAUCAACGACAGAUUCAUCAAUAUGAAGCUGAAGUCCUUCACCUUCAUCGACUGUACCUUUCGUAACUGCUACUUUGACGAUGUGACAUCGGUGGGCUCCUUCUUCCGUAACUGUACUUUCAUUGAUGAUUUCUUCUUCAACACAGACAUCGAUGACUCCAAGUUGAUAGAUGGCACAGAGGUGGUCAACAGCAUGUUCACUCACAACAAGACAGGGUGCCAGAUGACGUUUGACGAUGACUACAGUGCCUACUGGGUUUACUUCAUCAACUUCUUGGGGACUCUGGCUGUUCUGCCCGGCAACAUCGUGUCCGCCCUUCUCAUGGACAAAAUCGGGCGUCUGUCCAUGUUAGGUGGCUCCAUGGUCCUUUCAGGCAUAAGCUGUUUCUUCUUGUGGUUCGGCACCAGUGAGUCCAUGAUGAUUUUCAUGUUGUGCCUUUACAACGGUCUGAGCAUCUCUGCCUGGAACUCCCUGGAUGUGGUCACGACUGAGUCAUUUCCUACUGUCAGGAGAGGAACAGGCUUUGGGUUCUGCAAUGCUCUGUGUAAGAUGGCUGCAGUCUUGGGGAACCUGAUCUUUGGUUCGCUCGUCGGCAUCACAAAGGCCAUCCCCAUCCUCAUGGCCUCGUCUGUGCUCGUCGGGGGAGGCCUGGUUGCACUCCGUUUGCCCGACACCAGGGCGAAUGUCCUCAUGUAACACCAGCCUGGCAUUCAUCAGCUGGGAUAAAACCUGGAUAAAUCCUGGGUGAAUCCGAGAGGAAGCCUGGGAAGUGUUGAGCAAGGAGUGCAAACGGCUUGGUUCAAACAUAUCUUAACACUUUCAAUCACAUUUUGCUAACAUACCUUAGAUAAAGCUGGAUAGCAACCUACACAUGGUGUGUUUUACUUUCAUCACACAGAUCCAAAUCAAUAGAUUCCUCGUUAGUCAACAGCUCAGCCUUUUUGUGAAUGUAUUGUCUGGAGAUUUCACAUGACAGAGCUGAGAGUUUGCAUUGGUUUUGGUACUGAGACUUUGGUAGAGUUUUGUUCAGUGACUGGUCGCCCCCUCCAGCUGCAGUCAUAACCUUGUGUAGAGUCACUGCAUGGUUAAAAAACAAGGCUUUUAAUAUUGAUACAGUCUUAUUAAGACGAGCCAGAUGGGGAGAAAAGUGAAAAACAAGCUGUAAUGAGCACAGCCAACCUUCUGUGUGACAACGCAGGGAAUAGAUGAUCAGACAGAGCGGACACACAACACAGCUGUAUGACAGCUGGCUUGCCCACAAGACUCAUGUACACAGGCCAUGUUGUAGACAGCAUGCAGAAAGCGUACACAAACACAUAAAAAGCCACACAUAGAUACACUUCAUGUGCAAACACAUGUCCUAAAAUAGACACUUUCUACAUUUGCACCAUACUGAACACACAAUGCUGUUAUUUGCUCAACAUGACAUUUGCUCAGACAUCUGCAACCUUUUCAAAAUAGAUAACUCAUGUAUGACGCCAAGCCCUUUGUAUUACCUACCCAACCAAGAAUCAAAAAGGCCAUAUUGAAACACUGUACCAAUAACUGUAUGGUAUGUUGAAUCUGAGGCUGCUAAUCUGAGUUUCUGCUUAUUCUUUGUGUUAUUGUCAAAGUUGGAAUGAUGGAUUAUUCGUGUCAUCCAAAUGUUGUUAAAUCAGGUCCCCAUCCACGUGUUGUGUUAUUGUACAAAGGAUCUCCGAUGAGUUCUCCUUCUGAUUUAGCUUUGUGUUGGAUCUCGCUCGUGGCAGUGACGUUGAUAAUGACAUGUCAUGCUGCUUCCUUUUAAAAAUACUGAAUGGCCUUUUUUAAAUGUGCCUCUCCUUAACUGGAGCAGUCUGCCCAUAGUCGUGUGGUGUCCAAAGGUUAUAAGGAACAGACUUAAACUGGAUAGGAAGUUAAAAGAUAAAAUAAUCAUGCUAUUUGUGUGUGUGUAUGAGUGUGUAUAUAUAUAUAUGGGAUAUGUGGCCAAUACAGUAUUUUACUAGGGUGUGAAUUCAUUUUUGAACUAAACCCUUUUUAUUUUUAUUCUAUUUUAUUUUUUAAUAAAGCUUUUAUUUUGGUGCGAUAAGCCUAAUCUCCUCUUCCAAUAUGAAUCAUAUGAUCAAAUGGUGUGAAUACGAAGUAAUAAUGUACAUAACAACCUCUUUAUGAGGAAUAAUUGGUGCCACACAUGAUGAAAAUGUCUCCUACGGAAAAAGUUUUGACCUUUCUUUCUUUUAAAAAAAAAAUAAUUUUGGAGAAAUUCAUAACUGAAUGAUAAAUAUGAGCUAUGUCAUUUCUUUGACUUACCAUUUUUUUGCUAAUAUCUAAUUUUGCCAUAAUCCCACACUUGAAAUCCAGACCUACCUUGUACAAGUUAUUAUGUAUCUUGUCUUUCAACAUUGGAACCUCAACAAUCUUCUGCUAAACAUAAUGAUAAUAAGACCAUGUUACUAUUUUCGAAGUGUUAAAAUGAACUGAUA